UGAAAUUAUUUUUCCAACUUUAACUUCAUAAUGGAUAAAUCCGAUGCCGGUCCAUCUUCGGGUCCAUCUAAGCGCAACAAAGUGAAAAAACGCUGCUUCUGGUCGGCCGCGCAAAUUGACCUGCUCUUUGAACUGUGGUCGGACAAGAUUGGUGCUCUUCGUGGGACGCGUAAAAACAGCCAUAUUUUCGAAGAAAUGCGGCAAAGUUUCAAUGAUCAUGGCUAUCAUGUUUCGGCAACAGACAUAAAGACAAGGAUCCAUAAUAUGACCGCACGUUAUAGGAAAGAAAAGGCUGCAGUUGGACCAUCGGGUGGAUCGCCUUCGGAGUGGUCGCUAUUCGACCGAGUGAAUGGUAUCCUCGGAAGUUUUCGGAUACAUAAUGUCAACUCUGUGGUCGUCGACAGUAUUAUUGAUGAAGACUUUUGCGUAGAAUAUCUUGAGGAAGAUCCGGCGUUCCCGUACAUUCAGCCGUCGUAUACAGCAACGCAAGAGGUCACGGAAACACAAGAGAUCACAGAAACACAAGAGAGUAUUUCUCCGCUAGUUUCCCCUUCGCAGCAUGAACGCCCGCCUUCAAAACUACGAAGAAAUAAAAGUCUGCAUGCUGAUUUGAUGUAUGAAUUUAAGAGAACUAAUGCUCGCAUAGAAUUUGAACUCGAUCGUUUGAGAAAUGCUGACGAAGAUGUAUUACAGAUGGAACGCGAAAGGAACGAAAUACUUAGAGAUAUGGCUGACAAUUCAAAAGAACUGAAUGGGGCAUUAAUUCAUUUUCUGCCGAAGUAA